AUGACGCUAACAAUCUCGCGGCACAUAGAAGUGCGCGAGUGUUUCAAUCAUGAGGAGGAUGACGCUGAUGGUCAUAUUGAUGAGUUCCGUCAGAGGAUCAACGGUAACACAGGAGUAGGAGUAGAAGAAGAAGAAGAAGAAACUGACAACGAUAUUUCCGACUACGAGGACGACGAAGAUGUUGGUGAUAUCAUCGAUGAGGCGAAUGAAGAUGUUAUCAAUGAUACCGGCGACGAGGAAAUCGCUGAUAUGGUCGACGAAAUUCCGGAAACACAGGACGUGACGCAGGAAGUCGGAGAAGAGGAGGGAUGUCGUUGGUGCGGGGUGGUGGUGCUGUCCAGCCCUUCGUCUUCACAAAGGGGAGAUCAACAACUAGCGUCACCCCCGCGGUCCCGUCAGUCGACACCGGCGACGACACCAUCGCCGACGUCGUCGCCGCCGCCGACGCAGUCACUGUCACUGUUGCCGCCGACACCACCGACACCUCGUCAGGCUCAAAAUGAAGAUCAAGAGCAGGAGCAUCAGCAACAGGAGCGACGACGGAAAGAAGCGACUUUCGCGAUACGGCCGCCUCCUGAAGGUAGCGAUAUGGCUCAAUGGCUAGAAAACGCGUUUCGUGAAAUCCGAACGUAUGCCGUACAUUUGUGCGAACCGAGCGAUUACGUCGGGUUAUCAUUUGAGUCGGCUAAUCUAGCGCGUGAUCCAGCGGAAUUGUCGUUUCGUCCAGCACGCGACCAAAUCCACGAAAACAUAUGGGGGCUCGUGAGUUCGGUGGCGCAAAGUGCUGGAGGAAUCGAUAUCGCGGAAAAUUUCACGGUACGCAUUUUCAGAGUUUCGGUAUCUGCCGGUCGCGGACCGGCACGCAUGCAUUACGAUCGCGGGCAGUUAGGGGAACUACAUGAAAGAUGGGAAUCUGUGAGACAGCAACGUUCUUCUUUACAACGUGAGUUGGCUAAAGAAUUAACGAUUUCUGCGGGUAUAACGAUUCCCGAGAAUGGGGUGCGUGAAUUUGUUUUUCUCUAUGAUCCGGUAAAAGAAUUUGUAGAUUUCGCAACGCGAACGUCAAAAUAUUUUAACAAAAUAAUUUGUAUCGCGCAUAAUGCGAAAGCGUUUGAUGCUCAAUUUAUCUUAACAUACAUCAUAGAACAAUCUGGCAUAAGUCAAGAGCCACGGGUAAUUUUGAACGGGACGAAAAUUAUCAUGAUGGUCGGUAACACGAAAUUUAUUGAUAGCUCAAAUUAUAUGCCGAUGCGAUUUUCUGAUUUACCUAAGGCUUUCGGGCUGCAGGAUACAUCAGGUAAAAGCAUCUUUCCUCAUUUAUUCAAUACAAAAGAGCAUAAAGCAUAUAUCGGACCAAUACCUAGCGCACGGUAUUAUUCGCCUGAACAAAUGAAACCCGAGGAACGCGAGCAUUUUAUAAAAUGGCACGCCGAGAUGACACAAUCCGGCUUCAUUUUUGAUUUUUAACGCGAAAUAGUCAAAUAUUGUCGUAACGACGUAGAUAUCCUUCGACGGGUGUGCUUGGCUUUCAGGAAAAUCUUUCUUGAACGCGGGAGCGUGUGUUCGUUCGUGGAAUGCACGACUAUCGCUUCUACGUGUAUGAAAGUUUUUCGCAGAAACUUUUUACGCGGGGAAGAAAUAGGAGUCAUUCCAAGAUAUAGAGAUAAUCACUCGCGCAAAGCCGUGAAGUGGUUGGUGUGGAUAGAGCCUGAGCUUAAUCAACAGAUAAUUCACGCGGGGCGAGGGCGCGAGUUUCGGAUUGCCGAUACGCCCGUUGAUGGAUAUUAUAAAACUGAUUUGGAGAACGAGACGCGACGUUACUUGUUACAAUUUCACGGAUGCUUUUGGCAUGGUUGUCCAUCAUGCUUCCGAAUAAAUCGCGAAAGAAAACUCAAUUCUUCUACCGAUCAUGGCGAAACGAUCGACACGCGCUACGAGCGAACUCUCGCAGCGACAUGGCGCCUUCUACGACGGGGAUACCUGAUGAUGGAGAAAUGGUGCGAUUUCGACCGGGAAAUACGUAAGAAUAAUGAGUUGCGCGAUUUUCUUGAAAAUGCUCCGAUAAUAAAGAACUCACCUCUCAAUCCGCGCGAUGCAUUUUUCGGUGGCCGAACGGGGAAUAUAGCAAUCCGAUGCGAUGUUGUGGAAACGGAGAAAAUACGUUACAUACACGUAUGCUCUCUGUAUCCCUAUGUACUGAAAACGGAUGCUUUUCCGAGCAGUUACCCAAAGAUCUACAUCGGAGAGGAAUGUUCCGAGUUAAUCGGCGUAGCUCCAGAUUUCAAUUUCAACUCGAUCGAAGGUCUCAUUCGUUGUAAAGUACUCCCUCCGCGCGAUCUCUUUCAUCCGGUACUCCCGUAUCGCGUACGUGGCAAAUUGUUGUUCGCGCUGUGUCGGAGUUGCUGCGAAAUGUUCUCACAAGCCGAGUGUACUCACAGUCUCGCCGAGCGUGAAUUCGAGGGUAUCCUGUGA